GAAAGGCAAACAUGGACAGAGUCUCCCUCACAGAGAAUAAGGAAGAACACUACUUUCAAGUGACCAUGUACAAUUUGAAUCUGGAUGAUUCUGGUGUUUAUUACUGUGAUAUAUACCGUCCAUUCUAUUUCAAUAUCAGACACAGGGUGAACGUGACAGUUUCUCCAGAUCCAGAAGAAAGGUUAUCACUUACAGAAACACCAGAAUUUACCACCUCCGUAGUAAAGUCCACCCACAGCCCAGAUCCUACAGAAACCCCCCCAGAAUCGAAGCUCUACAUUUUGAUAUAUAGUAUCGUUCCACUAUUUAUUCUUGUCUUACUUGCAACUGUGGUGCUGCUUGUGAUGUCAAGGAAGAAGAAAACAGAAUCACAUUUUCAGAGAAAAGAGGAGCUAAAUCUACCAGAAAGGAUGCCUGCCCACAAUACCGAAGAUACUCAUGAUAACACCAUUUCUGACCAGCCUCCAGACCAUAAUGGGGCGGGACUCUACAGGAUUGUUAAGGUCCUUCCUGAAAAUGACUAUGAAGAGAUUCACUCCCAGGAAAAGACUUCAGAGGAACAAGAUGAGGUGUCUUAUGCCACACUGGAUAUUUCAGAUCAUCAUCGUCUCAUGUAUGACAACAUAAAUCUCUCCAGGCCAGCCCACCCAGAGACACCUGAUCAGGAGGUCUUUUAUACAGAGGUGAAGCCUGACCAUUAAUAUAU